CAUUUUCUCCGCAUAAAAUCCCCCCUCUUAAUCUCCUCUCAAAAGCAAAUUUCACCGAAAAAGAAUUUUUUUGGAAGCCUUUGAACCGAUGUCGUCUCCUUCGUCGUUUAGGAAAACCUCGUGCAUUUCACGGAGAUUCUCGAGGUCAUUGAGACAAUCAUCAGCCAGAACGGCGGCGUUCGCAACAGUCUCAACCAGGGAGGCUCAGCCGGAGUCUUCUGAUUCGUCGCCGUCUAUGCCGGCGGAUGGAGGGGAUUCGUGGUCGACGUUGCUGCCGGAGCUGUUAAUUGAGAUCAUGGAGCGCGUGGAAGCGAGUGAAGAAAUGUGGCCCGGAAGGAAAGACGUGGUUGCUUGCGCUUGCGUGUGUAAGAAGUGGAGAGAAGUUACUAGAAAGAUCGUUAAGGCUUCUCCUCAAAAUAGCGGCAAAAUCACUUUCCCUUCCUGUCUUAAGCAGCCUGGUCCACUGGAGUUUCCAAACCAGUGCAUUAUAAAGCGGAACAGAAAAAACUCGACAUUUUUCCUUUAUCUUGCCUUUUCACCAUCAUUCACUGACAAGGGGAAGAUACUAUUAGCAGCACGAAGAUAUCGACAUGGUGCUCAUAUUGAGUAUAUUAUAUCCCUUGAUCCAAAUGAACUAUCUCAAGGCAGUAAUGCCUAUGUCGGGAAGCUAAGUUCGGAUUUUCUAGGUACCAACUUUAAAAUCUAUGACAGUCAGCCGCCACAUAGUGAUGCAAAGCCCUCCAGCUGCAGAUCAAGUCGCAGAUUUGCAAGUAAGCAAAUCUGCCCCCAAGUUUCAGCUGGCAGUUUCGAGGUUGGGCAAGUGUCUUACAAGUUCAAUCUCUUGAAAUCAAGAGGUCCCAGGAGGAUGAUUUGCUCAAUACAGUGCCCUUUGCCAGAAAAUAUGGUUGAUGACAGGCAUUUAGAUAACACUGAGAUGAAAAUGCCAGAGCAUGAUGUAUCCGGCCAUACAACUUUGAGGAACAAAGCUCCAAGAUGGCAUGAACAUUUACAGUGCUGGUGCUUGAAUUUCCAUGGUCGGGUAACUGUAGCAUCCGUGAAAAACUUUCAGCUGGCUGCAACUGUGGAGCAGAGCCAACCGGGAGGGAAAGAAGAGGAGGAAACUGUUCUACAGUUUGGUAAAGUAGCGGAUGAUACAUUCACCAUGGAUUAUAGGCAGCCCUUGUCAGCUUUUCUUGCUUUUGCCAUCUGCCUUACAAGCUUUGGUACAAAACUGGCUUGUGAGUGAUUCAAUGUCGAUGUACUAUAUAUAUAUAAACAAGUUGUUCUGCAUGUUAAGUAUAAUGUUUUUUAAAAUUUCACUUUCAAAUCUUGUAGACAGCCUUGGCUUAGUGAGACAAAGCAAAUAAUGUACAUGUUUCUCUUGUAUCUAAUAACAUUUACUGAAAUUAUUGGCUGCAAAAA